AACCAGUUGUUUCCUUUGUUGCUGAUGGAAAAUUGGGCAAAAAUUAGCUUAAUAAUUAUUCUCGCAAUAUAUAUUAUUUUUUGUUUCACUGCGAAGAUGACAUGGAUUUCUGAAGACGACUUUCAGCAAAAAGACUUUCCGCCUAUGAGUGAAAAGCUGAACAACUGGAAUUGGAAUUUCACAAAAACUUACCAACGGUUGGAUACCACUCCUGAAGAAACGGGACACCUGCCGUUUCUACAGAAUUUCAAAAAUCCUUGUUGGCGAGAAGCUGAUUCAAACUCUAGCAUGCGCAUUCGAUGUCUUCCUUAUUUCUAUCUCGUAGGUGCUUCUAAAUGUGGAACUACAGAUUUACACAGAAGACUGGUCAUGCAUCCUCUAAUUUCAGAAAAAUGUCGAAAAGAGCCUCACUGGAUAGCAAGAAAACGAUUUGCUGAAGGUAAAAGUAGAAAUCUUUCAGACUACCUGGCAUAUUACGACAGGGCUGUGAAGAGAGAUAUAUCAAGAAUAGAGACAAAUGGCUACCAUAACGCUAUAUUUGGUGAUUGUAGCACUUCCAGUUUUUUUGACAACAGCUAUUUGCUACGAGCAGAGAAAAGCAAUAAUAUGACGACACCCCCUUUUACAAACGCAAAUGUGAUUUAUAACUUGAAUCCACACGCAAAAAUUAUCAUUAUAGUGAGAAAUCCAAUAUCAAGGUAAUUGUGAAAUAUUUGUCUGAGAUUUUCUUACUUCUUUACUUAAAGACUUCAAUAAUACUUAAUGGAAUGAAAUUGAACCUCAGUGGACAGGAGUAUUUUUCAUGACAAUAUAGCGUAGCUACAUUAUAUAUUUAAAAUACAUCAAUAGUGAUCUGGUUUUCAAUAUUCGUUUUAGAGAAUCAGAUGAUUUCAAAAUUUAGCCAUUUAUUAAUUACUCUUAUCAUUUAUUUUUUAAGA